AUGGAGUACUUGAACAAAUCUUUGAAGCAACUGAAAUCAAAUCCAGUUUUUAAUUACCAUCCUAAAUGUGCAAAAUUAGGAGUGGUUCAUAUAUGUUUUGCUGAUGACUUAUUAAUGUGUUGUAGAGCUGAUAAGGUGUCUAUUGAACUUAUGAUGAAACAAUUUGAAAAUUUCUCAGUAGCUUCGGGUUUACAGGCUAAUAUGGAGAAGAGUUCACUCUAUGUGGCAGGAAUAUCUACUCAAUAUAAGCAAGAAAUACUGGAGAAGCUGAAGGGUCAGAUGCUGGACUGCCAGAUGUUUAUCAUAUGCAGGGAGAGUUCAGCUAAUCAAAAGAACUUUCUAUGGCAUGGAAGCAUUAAAGGAAAGAAAGCUCCUAUAGCAUGGGAUACAAUUUGUAAGCCAAGAGCAGCAGGAGACUGA